CAACAACAACAACAACAAACCGAAGCUUCCUUGCUCCGUUUUUCGUAGCCUCUCUCUCUCUCUCUCAAGAACCUUUCAUUUAUUACUUCACUAUCUCACUCAACACACACUCUCUCCUCCAUUUCGAUUCAAAAACCUCCAUCUUCAACUCUUCACUCUUUCUUUCCGAUCUCACCCUCCCAAUGCCACCAUCCAUUUCCUAACCAUGUCAGUCUACGACGCCGCAUUCGUCGACACAGAGCUUUCCAAACGCACCUCAAUCUUCGGCCUCCACCUCUGGGUCGUAAUCGGAAUCCUCGUCGGCUCUCUCAUCGUCAUCUCCCUCUUCCUCCUCUCUCUCUGCCUCACCCGCCGCCGCCGCCGCACAACCAAAACCUCCUCCGCCGCCGCUGCCAUUCCCUCCGCCACCCCCGUCGUCUCCAAGGAAAUCCAGGAGAUCGUCCACAUCCCCACUUUGCCAGAGAUCCACAUCGACCCCAUCAAACCUCACCAUGCCUCCACCAGCGGCGAGAGCAAGGGGACUGCCAGCGUCUGUGAAACGGCAUCGUCGUUUGGGAGUGGGAGUGUGGGCCCUGAAGUGUCGCAUCUUGGGUGGGGGAGGUGGUAUACGCUCAGGGAGCUGGAGGCUGCCACCAAUGGACUGUGUGAGGAGAAUGUGAUUGGAGAAGGUGGAUAUGGAAUCGUUUACCGUGGAUUGCUCCCUGAUGGUGCCAAGGUUGCUGUCAAGAAUCUUCUGAAUAACAAGGGCCAGGCCGAGAGAGAAUUUAAAGUAGAGGUAGAAGUAAUUGGCCGUGUGCGGCACAAGAAUCUUGUUAGGCUGCUCGGAUACUGUGUUGAGGGGGCAUACAGGAUGCUUGUGUAUGAAUAUGUUGAUAAUGGCAAUCUGGAGCAAUGGCUGCAUGGGGAUGUUGGAUCUGUAAGCCCUAUGACAUGGGAUAUCCGGAUGAACAUUAUAUUGGGCACAGCAAAAGGAUUGGCUUAUCUUCACGAGGGUCUUGAGCCAAAAGUUGUUCACCGAGAUGUGAAAUCAAGUAACAUACUCCUUGAUCGCCAAUGGAACUCCAAGGUUUCUGAUUUUGGGCUUGCCAAGCUUUUACAUUCUGAUCACAGCUAUGUCACCACUCGAGUGAUGGGGACAUUUGGUUAUGUUGCACCAGAGUAUGCCUGCACUGGAAUGCUAACUGAGAAGAGUGACAUUUAUAGCUUUGGGGUACUUAUCUUGGAAAUAAUCACUGGGAGAAGUCCUGUUGAUUAUAGUAGACCGCAAGGAGAGGUUAAUUUAAUUGAGUGGUUGAAAACUAUGGUUGGUAAUCGAAAAUCCGAGGAAGUAGUUGAUCCUAAGCUUCCUGAGAAACCAUCUUCAAAGGCUCUUAAACGUGCCCUGUUGGUUGCUCUUCGAUGUGUUGACCCUGACGCGUCAAAGAGGCCUAAAAUAGGACAUGUUAUCCACAUGCUUGAAGCUGACGACCUCUUAUUCCGUGAUGAACGAAGGAUUGGGGGAGAAUCUUCUCAUUCCCAUCGUGAUUAUCGACGUGAGCGUAGGGAUUCAAGUUUAGAUAGAAAUCGGGUAGCUGAAGAUAUUACUGAUCAAAGUGAAGAUGACAGUAGUAGACAUAACCUUCUGCCCACUAGGUUGAGAAGAUAGUAGUCUGUUAGUUGAAAAGCAAUGCGUUUGUUAUUUUUGGUUACUAGUUUGCCAAUAUUUAUUUCUACCUCAAUGAGGAAACAAGAAAUCAUUUUUUCCUUCCUCUUAUUUGCAUAAAUUUCCCCAUUGCCACCUACCUACCUUAAAUUGGAAUUCAUUUGUAAUCUUGUAUACUCUGAUUCAUUAUUAUAAAAAUCAAAAUUAUUUCUCUUUCUA